UAAGAACGGGGCUGCUCCUGAUUCAGAUGACAUUAACUUACUCUGGUGGAAGAAACUUACUCCUACCCAUUGUCACUUUGCCCCGAUAUUUACAGCUUUUAUCAGAGGGAGCGAACUGAUUCCAAGCUAGUUUGUAGAAAGGUGAACCGUAUCCAUCCCUAAAAAAGGUGACUUGUCUGACCCAAAAAACUACAGGCCUAUCGCCUGUCUGAAUGCAGCUUAUAAGAUUUUCACUAAAAUCUUGAAUAAUCUAUUAGUUGAUCGUUGUGAUAUCCAAGACGCAAUCAUCUAUCAGCGCAACCUGUCAAUGGGCUGGAUUGACUACCGUAAGGCAUUUGACUCGGCACCUCAUGAGCUUAUUCUCUUUUUGCUUAAGUGCCUCGGAGUCAAUCGUAAAGCAGUGGGAUGCAUUGAACGUACGAUGCAGUUUUGGCGAACGCAGUUUCACAUCUCAUACGGCUACGACAAACGCGUGACUGACGCUGUUCAGUACAAAAGAGGAGUCUUUCAGGAAGAUUCUCUAUGCCCUCUGUUGUUUUAAAUCGUACUGCUGCCGAUAUCUGUUGCCUUUCGCCGAAUCCGUGAAUACUUAGUGGGUCCACCAACUGGACGGAAGUAAUCGAUCACCCACUUGCUAUAUGUAGAUGAUCUGGAGGUGUAUGGACCUGAUAAGAGACACUUUUAGACAGCUUGAACAUCGUAGCGGAGUAUACACGGAAUGUCCGCAUGUCUUUUGGGUUGGACAAGAGCGCGGUCGUUAAUCUGGUGAAAGAUACGUGCUCUGAUUUGCGUGAGAUAUCGAGUUAGAAAAUAGAAGCGUCAUUAAACGUCUCCUUCCUUAAUUUAGAAGGCCUGAUGUCCGUGACUGAAGGGUAUAUUUUUGCUUGCCAAGAUGGUGUAAUCACCACUCUCGAAUACCGUGAUAAAGUGCUCCAGAUGCAGCUGCCUGACACAUUGUGUAGGGUGUGUAAUCAACAUUUUGAGACGCUUAUGCAUCUAUUGUCAGCAUGUCCUGUUUUGGCUGGAAAUGCAUACAUCCAGUGUUAUAAUGAUGAUCGGUGAGUUCUUCAUUUCUACCUUCGAAAUACGCACAGUAUUGAUAAAACACCAGUACUGCCUUAUUUGCCAGGAGAUAUUCCGCAAGUAGUUAAGAAUGACUGUUGUCGUAUUUAUUGAAACGUGGCAUUCGCAAUGACUCAGAAAAUUGAUCACAACAAACCCGAUAUUAUGCUCUUCGAUAAAACCACUCGUGACAUUUAUCUCAUUCAGUUCUCAGCACCAGCUGAGUAUAAUAUUACGGUAAGAGAAGAGCACAAACAACAGAUAUAUCAAGAUCUUCUGUUUGACAAACUUUAUCCAGGCUACUGUGUCAAAAUUAUCGUACUCAUUGUUGGUGUCCUAGGAGGGAUGAAGCUGUUAUCUUCGGAUCCCUCCGUCUCCUAAGGCAACAAAACUUAGCCUGCGGUGCAUACUGAUCAUCGUGUUGAUCAAGCAUCACAGCAGUUACGAAUUGGCGCUCAGGUGAGGCCCUCGGUAGAGUCGAACUAUUGGGGAUAACCCCCUGAGCAUUUAAACGAUCAAAAAUAAUAAUAAGAAUAAUAAUGCCUUGACAAUUUGCGGUAGUGUAGAGAAUAGGUGGAGAAGAGGAUGGGCUGCAUAGUAUUGGGGUACCUACUGAAUAGAAUAAGAGUUUCAAUAUUCAAGAUUUCGAAAAUAGUGUUGAUGAUGACGAUUAGACAUACGUUAUCGAAUGGCGUAAUAGAAAAAGACGUCUACCCGGUGGAUGGCUCUGUUAUGAUGGUCGAGUGUUGGAUGUCUCAAGUAAGUGUUUAUAUUAUUUAAUAUCAAUUACAUAAAAACUCAGAUUGACUCUCUUUUCAUCGCGUUGCAAUGUUAAUACGAUAUAAAAUAAACAUGGCAAACGUAGAAUUCCGAUAACUUUUACAGUUUGUUUUAAUUACUUUGAUGUUAUUGAGUUUUUAUCAAGGUUUGAUAUUUGUAAGUAAUCAUUUUGCAGACAAUAAAGCGUAUUAUGAAAAUAAAUUAAAUAGGAUCUAUAAGAACUCAAAAUAGUCUCGUAUCCACUGAGGAGCUAAAGACGACAAAAUUCAAUAAAUACGGAAAAUAUGAGAUUACGAGAUACUAUCAAUAACGAUAUUCAUAAAACACCGCUGAUUUCUAAGCUCAAUUUUUUGAAUGAUAUUAAAGCUCGAAAUGGUCCCAUAAGGAGGCGACUUCAUCCCUUCGACAUUAGAAGUACAUCAGAGACGACUGAAUGGCAUGAAUUAACUGCCGAAUAUACAACUGAAGCUAAGAGUAGGCGAGAUUUAAUCAGCUUAUUGAGAAAAAAUCCAGGAAACGACGACACGGGUGUUGUGGAGAAAUUAUCCAAAACGAAUCGAGUACUGAGAGCGAGUGUUUUGAAUAACGAAAAUACCACCAAUAACAAACAUUAUGAACUCGUUUCUGGAGAUAGUGGACAGGUUCCUCAGGUGCUGUGGAGAUAAAGUUUCCCAAAAAAUAGUAAAAAACCGAAACUCAUAUGGCACUAAACGUGAACUUAAUGGACUACGGAGAGAAGCCCAGAAAAGAAUUUUGUAAUAAUAUCAUCUGUACCACUUUAUCCAUGUAUAUAUUUAUUAGACUGGGCCGAAAAAAUCGACUAUUUUUUUUUUUCGAUACUGUGAAAAUAUAAUUCCUGAUGACCAAAAAAAAGUAUCGUGCAAGUUUGAGCCCUUAAUAUUGAUAUUAAGAGGUGUAUCGAUACGACUAUUAGUUUUUUGACAGGAAUUUCAUUUUUUACCCAAAACUCGAAAAUCAUCAAUCUGAAAAAUUUGAGCAAUAUGUAUUCUUGAAGGAAAUUGAAUUCUCUACAAAAAAUCUCUCUUAGUAAAUUGACGUGAAACGAGCCGUUUCCCACGAUUAUUAUAAAUAUUAACAAUGUAGAUUGUGUCAUAAACAAUAAUAAUAAUAAUAAUAAUAAUAUCUAUUAAUAUUAUUUUUUUCGUUAUUAUUUAAAGAUUUUGCUGAAAAGUUAUGAUAAACAAAUCAGAUUACUCGUUGGACAUUCAUAACUAUAUACAAUUUUUAAUUUGAUUAUUCUUCGAAGCAGCAGCUAUUAUUAGAUGAUUGUUCGACAUAUUGACAUAUUCUUUUGGAAUUAUUCGACAAGCAAUGAAAUAUAAUCAUCAUGUAUAAUAUCAAAAUCAAUAUAAACCUUUUGGGUUGAUGAAAUAUUAAUUUGAAAAAUGAAAAUAAAAAAACAAUGAAAAAUUAUCGAGUUUUUCUGCAUUCAAAAUUUCUACAACAUACAAUCAUUUUUAUAUAAAGAAUGUAAGAGACGUAUUAUAAUUGAAUUUUCAUGGAUUUUUGAUAAUGUUCUAAUAACGGCGAAGUGCUUUUCCAUAAUAUAACCAACAUAUUUGACAUAUUUAAUUGUCAUCAUGAUUGAAUUAACUUAUUAUGUUCAUGUUUAGAGUUAUACGGAAAAAUUUUUUCAAAAUUUAAAAUCCCUAGUUGAGAAAAUUAUUAUUUUAAAAAAUGUAUUAACAACGAUUAUUAUGCGAUUAAAAAGAACACUUAAAUUUUCAACAAAAUUUUUUUUUACUUUCAAGAAUGCUUGAUUAAAUGAAUACUGAUACUCAAGAUCAUUUUUAACUUCCCGCUAUGAAAAUCAACGAUUUUCGAAAAGUUCGGGAAGUUUUUGUACUCACCCCAGUAAUUGAAAAUCGAAUUUUCGUCAGAUGUCAACAUUUUGAAGUCCUAGGAAACUAUUCCGAAUAUUUUCUGAAUGAUGUUCGAGUGUAUGUUGGUGUGUGUUCUGCCUCUUCUUAGAGUUCUUUAGUAGCUCUAUUUGAAUUUGCAGAUUAAAACACUCGCUAACGAAUCACAAUUGAUAUUAACUCCAAAUGAUUGAGUAUAUUUGAUGAUCGAUUAAACAUUGUAAACUGUUUUCAAACGGUAUGUUAUUGGUAAUUUUUAUCAUAAUUUCAUACGGACUUCAUGCUACUAUUACUAUAGUUUUUUUUGUAUGAAAUUGUUAUGUUAAAUAUACUGUAAAUUUUUCCGAGUGAAUAGGAACUUAAAACUAAAUACUGUUAAUAAUCAGUAUGCAUUACUGUAUGAUUUGUAUAUGAAUUUUCAAAUCAGUUAUUGUGGUAAAGAACCUGAACGACUUCUGACAAAGGAAAAAAACCCCGGGUAAAAAAAAUUAUAUAUAAUUAAUAUAAUUAUAUGUCAUUACACACAAUUAUAUAUAAUCAUGCCAUUUUAUAGAAAUGAGCUAUAAAAAAGAUGCACUCUAAAAAGGAAAGAGUUACUAACUAAUGUAAUUAUAUGUUCAAAUAUAAGAAAUGUAUUAAAUUUGAAAGCCUAAUUUUAAAAAUUUGCUAUAAAAUACAUACGUUAUAAAAGGCAAAGAGUACCUUUAAUUUUUUUUUAAUCCCUGAAAACUGUGUAAAAUGUAAAUAGUA